AUGGUGAUACCUCGGAGACCGUCGUUGUUGGAGGACCUGAAACGAUUAGAUGAGGUUUUGGAGUAUGCUGAUUUCCUAAAUGUUCUGACCUUCGAUUAUUUUGGACCUACUUGGUACCCAGAAACCGGUCCAGUUGCCCCUUUAUUCUCUGGAGCAAAAGGAAAUGAAAAAUGUAAUGUGGAUUACACGAUGAAAUAUCUAACAUGCCAAACGAAGAAACCGAAUCAGUUGAACAUGGCAGUGGAGUUUGUAGGCAGAUAUUGGAAGAAUGUCAAGGAACGAAUAGAAGAAUCUGAUGAUAUGUGGAGGAUAUCCGAGCCAGUGAAUGGAACAAUUCAAGGAGAAACAUUUUCAUGGAAGACUCUUGAAUCAGGAGCAUUUGAUAAAACAUCAGCAGUAUGGCAUGAUGCAUCAAAAAGUUAUUAUAUUUGGAUACCUGAAAAAGAGACAUUUGUGACAUUCGAAGGAGAACGAAGUUUGAUGGAAAAGAUGAAUUACGCGAAGACGAACAAUUUCGGAGGAAUCAUUAUUUGGACAGUUGGAUCAGAUGACGAUGAAGACACUCUUCUGAAUCUUGUUUCGUCUUAUAAGUUUUGCACAAAUGAGGAUAAAAAUUACAUUAGAUAUGAAUGUUAG